AUGGAUUUGGGAUACAGACACUGGGGAGACAAGGCUGAUCUGGAUAGUCCCAUAAAUGGAUGUGGAAUUGUGUCUGAGUCUUCACUCACAACACCCCCUCAGACAGAGCCUGUUGGGACUCCGAUGCAACUGCUACUAGUUUUUCUUAGUAGCAGCGACUGGAGAAUAGAAGCAGCUGUCAAUAAUUACUACGAACAUCCUGAUCAAUUCUAUGUCCCUCCUCCUCCUCCUGCCGUUGAGAAAAAGAAAAUUGGAUACUUUAUUCAAACUGAUGAAGACAAGAUACUUGCCGAAGGUAUAAGCAGAUUUUGUGCUGACCUCCGUCUUGAUCCUGCUAGUAUCACUGUGUUAAUUAUUGCAUGGAAAUUACAGACAUUCUUUUCCAUUUUAGCAGCAACACAAUGUGAAUUUACGCGACAAGAAUUUGUAGAAGGACUGACGAGAUUGGGAUGUGAUUCUAUAGAGAAAUUACGUAAGCGUUGUGAAAUUUUAGACAAAGAAAUUCAAGAUCCUCAAAAUUUUAAAGACUUUUAUCAAUUUACUUUCAAUUUUGCUAAAAAUCCUGGACAAAAAGGACUUGAUCUAGAUAUGGCAAUAGCAUAUUGGGUCUCUGUCUUUCGUGGGCGUUUCAAGUUCUUAGAUCUCUGGUGUGAAUAUUUAAGAAAUCAUUACAAGAGAGCUAUUCCACGUGAUACUUGGAACCUCUUAUUAGAAUUCGCUAACACUAUCGAUGAUACUAUGAGUAAUUAUGAUGAAGAUGGGGCAUGGCCUGUACUAAUUGAUGAAUUUGUUGAAUAUGCUCGUCCACUAAUCAGUAGUGGUAAAAUAGACAAAGUACAAAAUGGAG